AUGCAUUUCUCCCUUCCUUAUUAUCGGGAUGCUGGUCAAUUACCAGGGCCUCUUCCUGAUCAGAAUGAGAUUGAACAGGCAACACAAACCCUCCCCAAGAGAUCAGAUUACGGUGGGCGCAUAGUCGUUAUCAGAGAGAAAUAUGUUGUGAAAUAUGGCCCGCUCGUGACCGAAAACGAGGGAUAUGCUCUAAUAUUUGUUGAAAAACGGCUCAACAUCGCAGCGCCACGACUUUACGCCAUGUACCGCGAUCGGGACAUCCUGUAUAUCGUCAUGGAAUACAUCCCCAGCAUUUCUCUAGGGAUGGCGUGGCCUUCGCUCACUGAGGCAAAUAAAAAUUCGAUUGUUGGGCAACUGCGAUGCAUCUUUGAUCAGAUGAGAGCGCUGUCAUCGCCCGGAUUUUAUGGCAGCGUCAACCGAGGCCCCGUUCCCCAUAGGUAUUUCUUUUCUCGUGAAAAGGACGCUGCUGUUACCGGUCCGUUUCAGACGGAAGAAGAAUUCGGAAAAGCCAUCGCACUUCGCUCCAAAACUAUGUGGAGCGAAUCUAAUGGUCAUAGCUUUCUCUCCGACUAUCUUGCUCGCCACCUCCCAUUGGCACUUCGCAAUCAUCCACCUGUAUUCACCCACGGAGAUCUCUCCAGGGAGAAUGUUCUUGUCCGAAAAGUCGUGAAUUCUGUCACAAAUGAAGAAGAGUAUGAAGUAGCUGCUCUUGUGGACUGGGAAGCGGCUGGAUGGUAUCCUUCGUACUGGGAAUACUCUCAUAUCUUCCCCCUGUUGCAGUGGGUUGACGACUGGCCAGAAUAUGUUGAGAAGAUUCUCGAUCCCUUGCCGCUGGAGAGUGCCAUGAUGCGAGUUGUCUUUAGUGAUCUGGAGUUUUAG